CUCUUCAACUAAGUGUGCUUGACUAUCCGAAUCCUGAACCAUGAACUAGCACUUUUCCAACUCCACUAUGCCUCAAUCAUGUCUUAACUCUGUAACUGUUUUUCAUUUUUCUUCCUCCCUCCAUCCCUCUCGCUCAUUCUCUCUCUCUCUCUCUCUAACACAGUUUGGUUUAUUAUACAGUACCUACUCUACUUAAUUCGGCAUCUGUAUUUCAUUUUAUGUAUCUAUUUUUGUGUUUUGAUCAGUUGUAUUAAAUGACUGCUUUGGUAAUACAAGUGCCCUAUUUGUGAUACCAGUGGAGCACCUUAGAAUUUUAAUUUGUCGUCAUCAUGGCCACCCUGAUCAUUUGGAUAUCUGCCUGUGCAGUUCUUCUUUGUGGAGUGCAUGGACAACACAAGUGUCCACCCGGGUGGAGUGUCUUUAACAGGCGGUGCUUCAAAAUAGUAACAAGUAGCUCCACCUUUCAUAAGGCCCAGAUGGCGUGUGCAAAUGAGAACGCUCACCUGGCCUCUGUACACAGUGCUGCUGAGAAUGAUUUCAUCCAGGGUCUCGUGCGCAACGCUGGACUGAGUAGUCAAGGCGCCUGGAUUGGAGGUUCUGAUGAUGGCUCAGAGGGUACUUGGUACUGGAUUGAUGGAUCUGCAUUUGAUUUCUCGGACUGGACAAUUGGACAGCCUGACAACUAUCACACAGAAGACUGCCUGAUGUUGACUCCAGAUGGUAAUUUGCGCUGGAAUGACCUGCGCUGUGACGAUUUGCGGCCGUUCAUCUGUUCAAAGAAAUCACCCUAUUGGGACAAGUUACACAUGACUGAUGUUUCUUGCGCACCAUAAAUGUGCGGUGUCAUUGUACCUUAUUAUGGCCUCAGCUUGCCCUUCACUGGAAACAAGUUUGGUACCAGAAACCUAUUAAAAAUUGCAUACCAUAUCA